AUGGGGCGGCUGUGGGGGCUGCUGGUGCUGCUGUGCGGGGCGGCGGCGGCCCCGACUGCCCCCGCGGUGGCGCCGCUGUUGUGUAACGUGAGCCUGGACAGCCCCCCCGAAGAGCGCUGGCUGCCGGUGCUGCGGCGCUUCGAUGCCGCCUUCCUGCGCGCCGCUGUCACACGGGUCAUCGAUGAAAGUGUACCAAAAUGGGUCCACGAGGUCAUUCGGCCCAUAGCAGCAGAGCUGGAGCUCUUUAUACCACAGCCCUUCGCAGGGGAAAUCCUGGGAAUCUGCAGAGCCCUGGGAAUAAGUCUUGGAGAUGGAGUCCUGCUCAACUUCGCCUAUGAGUCGACUGCGUUCUGUACCAGCAUUGUUGCUCAGGAUGCCAAAGGAAACAUUUACCACGGUCGGAACCUGGAUUAUGACUUUGUGGAUAUCUUGAGCAAGAUUACAAUUGAUGUGAGGUUCCUCAAAAAUGGGCAGGUAGCAUACCAAGGCACCACCUUUCUUGGUUAUGUAGGCUUAUGGACUGGCCAAAGUCCACAGAAGUUCACAAUCUCUGGUGAUGAACGAGCUGCUGGUAGAUGGUGGGAGAAUGCAGUAGCUGCUUUCCUGAACCGAAAUUACCCUGUCAGCUGGCUUGUCAGAGAUACCCUGAGCAGAGCAGAGGACUUUCAGUCAGCUGUUCUCAGACUAGCUGGCAUUCCCAUCAUUGCUGAAGUUUACUAUAUUGUAGGAGGUGUGUCACCCAAAGAAGGCAUGGUCAUCACCAGGAACAGAAGAGGACCAGCAGAUCUCUGGCCCCUUGAUCCUUUAGGUGGAGCAUGGUUUCGUGUGGAGACAAACUACGACCAUUGGACCACUCCUCCUCCUUUUGACGAUCGAAGAACUCCAGCCAUCAAAGCUCUCAAUGCCACUGGGCAGCAGAACAUCAAUUUUGAAACACUGUUUAAGGUGCUGUCAGUGAAGCCAGUCUUAAACAAUAACACAGUGUACACCACAGUCAUGAGUGCUGCACACCCAGACCAGUACCAGACGUGGAUCAGGACUCAGAAGUGAGGCUACAAAAGGAGGGAAAAGCUGAAGCUUCCCAACACUGGCACAUGUUUUUUAAGUCACUCUCACAAGGAGCAGUUGGUUUGGCUUAUUAAUUAUGUGAACUGUUGAGGAAAUAAUGGCUUGCUGAUUCUUUGGAAUGUUGCAGACGAUGCUGUUAAUUAACUGCAGUGGAAGCUGGAUUGAUUUCAUUGUAAUGAAAUUGCUGGUUUAGCAGAUGCUGAUGGCUAAA